AUGCAUCCCCAUGAUUCAGCUUUUGCUCUUGCCAGAUACCAACACUGUUUGGUUGGCUUUCUCUUAGAUGAUCGUUCUUUCAGUCUUGACUACAUGCAACAAUAUGUUCGCACUUACUGGGGUCUGCCUGCCCGAGUUAUUCACAAAGACAAAAAUUGUUACUAUAACAAAUUGGAAGGUGCUGAGCAUUGUGCCAUGGUGCUUCACAAUGGGCCUUAUGCCAUUGAUGGAGCUUUGAUUGUGGUAGGGCGAUUGGAACCCGAAUCUCACCCCAAAUUACGUUUGGUUGCAGAGAAUUCUCAUCUGAUAUGCCUGUAUGGCCUUCCAGUGGAAUACCUAACCCAACAAGCAGCAAGGCAUAUAGCCUCGGCUAUUGGGGAAGUGCAGGAGUCUACUGUCACCACAAUCACCACAAGGCAUCCAGGAGUUAUUUUUCAAGAGGAAUUGGAACGCCAGGCAGCCAUGCUACCACUCACAGAAAUACAAAAUCAGAGGGAUCACGACAAUGAUAAUAACUGGUCCCUCCUUGAGGAUUUUAUGAUUCCAGAAGACCCACACGACAUGCCGGUGAACCGAAUCCAGGCAGAGGGCAUGACACAACAUCCGCAUCCACGUACAACUCCAGGCGAUGAAGCUGGCUCCUCUAAUCCGGUAACAAGAAAUAUACAGAUUCGACAUACGAUCAAGAAUGGAGAGAUUAUUGAACAUCAAUACAUGGAGGUUGGAGCUUUCAAAAUUUCUCUAUUGGAAUAUAGGGUUGGCAAUGCAGAAGAAGCUCCUCAAUCGACUCCCCAGCAGCCGCUGCCGGAGGAAGGUUUCGCUUUCGCCGCAGAAUUUAUGGUUACAGCUGAUUCAGAGAUUCCAAGAAAUCCAAGAGAGAUUGAUCCUAUGCCACGUGCAUGUUUUAUCAUGUGGCAGCCAUGGUGCCCAACGGAGUUGUCACACAAUUUCCCGAAUGCCAUUCAAUAUAACGUCUCUACUUCCCUAAGCCCCAUAAUCGAAGAAGAGGAAACGGAGCCUAACACAGAGCUAUUCUUGACGGCGGCACAUAGGCGACGGUGGAACAAAGAGGGCAAACGUAAGCAAGGUGAAUCUUCAGCAACAGAAGCAUCAGAUGUAGAGCAAUCAGACAACCCUCCAUCUCCAGCAAGACAGUUCUCUCCCCCUCCACCAGUGCUUGAAACUAUAGAGCCACCGUUGAUGAUGCCAUGCGAAGACAUCUCUAACACUGAGGCCACUAUGGAAUGGGCAAUUCAAGAAGCCGGCAUCACUUUAGGAGCAGGGAAAGCCACCGCAAAAAGGAAAAUUCAACAGCUAUUAGAGAUAAAGAAAUUUCAGCGUCGUCGUACAAGGGAAGCAGAUCUCCUGGAGGGACGAAACAGUGUCACUAACAUUGAAGUGCCCAGGAUUCAGAGGAACCAGACUCGCCUACCAGAGAAGCCACCUUCUUGGCGGUUCAGUAUCAUGAUAUUUUUUAGCUUCUCACGGAUGGUAUACAGCAACUGUCGGAUCUGA